GUUGGUGACAGAACAACAACAACAACAAUGGACUUUGUUAGAAAGAUGGUGUCCAAGAAGAAGAGGAGGUUCGAAUGGGGAAACUUUGACCUGGACCUCACUUAUAUCACCGAUCGCAUCAUUGCCAUGGGUUUCCCAAGCGAGUCCCUCGAAGGACUCUACAGAAACAACAUGAAGGAUGUUCAACGAUUCUUCACGACCCUCCAUCCAGGGCGCUACAAAGUGUUCAAUCUAUGCACAGAGCGAAAGUACACUCAUGAUAAGUUUGGAAAUAAUGUUAGCGAGUAUCCAUUUGAUGAUCAUAAUCCUCCACCUUUGGAAAUGAUUGCAGAGUUUUGUGUGGAUGUGGAGAGAUGGCUGGAGGAACAUCCUGAGAAUGUGGUGGCCGUACAUUGCAAGGCCGGCAAAGGAAGGACAGGAACAAUGAUCGCCUGUUGGUUGUUGUACAGUCGUCAGUGCCAGACAGGCUCGGAAUCGAUCAGGAUGUUUGGCAACAAGCGAACUCAUAAUGGCAAGGGCAUCACCAUACCAAGUCAAGCGCGCUACGUUCGCUACUUUGAAGCGCAACUACAAUAUGGACGACCGAUUGUACCCGUGCCCACCAUCACCAAAGUGUUGACAAGCAUUGUCAUCAAUCCAAUGCCCAGUGGUGUGGGCACUGGCAGUGGCAACAUGGCACCAUACCUGGCCAUAGGCCAAUGCGACAAGAACGUCUUCUACACUAAACCAAUCAAAGCAAAGAAGGGCACGCACAUUGUUGAGGUGGACUGCGGCAACAUACUCUUGACCAAUGAUGUGAAGAUACAGUUCUUCAACAACAACUCCAAGGGACAUAUGUUCAGCUUUUGUUUCCACACAGCGUUUGUCGAUGGCGAUAGGAUGCACAUCAGACGCAUGGAGAUCGACAAGGUGCACAAGGACACGACAAACAAGCAUUUCCAUCCCAACUUCUCGAUCGAGUUGCACUUUGCCGAAGACCUCAUCGAUGACGAGCUCAUUGAGGACUGUGUUGACUCGGCCCAUCAAUCUGCGGCCGACCAAUCCGCACCUGCAGGCGGGGUCACCCGUCCAUGGGCCGGCCAAUCAUCUGGCAACUUCCAAACAGGACUCACCAAGCUGUACACAAGUGCUAGUCGCUCUAAACUCUUUGGAAGCAAUUCAAACAAUGGCAAUAGCAAUGAUCAUGAAAGUGGUGUACAUAUCAACAACAGAAAGAUAACGAAUGAGAGUGGCGAUAUUAUGUGCUCAGACUGUGGCGCCAAUAAUGGCUUCUUCAAACAAUGCUAUGGAUGCCACAAGGUUAUCAAGACGACAGACUUUGAAGAGGUUGGCGAACACACAUUCCAUUCAACAUGCUUCAUGUGCUCUCUAUGCUUUGUAUAUCUCACCGGCAAGGAGUUCACGAUCAAUGGCAACCUGCUAGAGUGUGCCAGAUGCAUUGAGCGAGAACGUGAGUUGUACAAGAUCGAAGCCAAGCCUUUGGGUCAGGCCACAACUCCGCCCUGUCAAGCUGAGGGUCACCACCCCAACAUCGUGAACUGCCACAAGUGUUGCCAGGCACUUGGUCUGCGGCCACUGAUCCUCGACAUUGGCGCAUGGCAUCGCGGUUGCUUCUCCUGCACAUGUUGCGAGAAGCUCAUGGACACAUCACUCUACUACAUCAAAGACGAGCAGCCUGUCUGCAAUGACUGUGACAAGAAGUUUAAUUUAUUACUCGAGGAAUUCUAUUGUUUUGCGUGCAAGGAGAUCAUUGUGGACGAGGAGAUGAUGGAUGCUUUGGGAGAGAAGUGGCAUCUGUCAUGUCUGGUGUGUACUAUAUGUAGAAAGAAGAUUGAUGGUCCAUUUGGCGAUGACAAUGGUGUUGUCUACUGCAAGGAACACUUUGAAGACCUAUUUGGAACAAAGUGUCAAGCAUGCAACACCAUCAUUGUUGGUACAUUCCUCAAAGUAAAUGGAAAGAACUUGCAUCCACAAUGCUUCACUUGUUAUCAAUGUGAUAAUGUACUUGAAGGUGGAACAUACUUUUGCAAGGGAAACCAUGAACUGUGUAUGACUUGUAGGAAUGUAGACUUGUUGAAACGAAAGACUCAGAUACAACUCAUUGGUACAAGGAACACAUACAGAGCUGGAACAGCACCACUCAGUCCUGACCCAUCAAUGUCCAUUGCGAUGACAAUCCAACAAGGUCAAGUCCAGGGUCAAGGUCAAGGUCAAAGCUAUCAGAUGUCAUUCGCUCAAACAACCGCAUCAUCUGCACCAUCUACCUCGCCAAUCUCAACAUUUGCGACAUCACCAUCCGAGUCGUUGGUGGAUCGUCUUUCCACAUCAUCGUCUUCACCACUACCUCAACAAUUCAUGUUUGUCAAGAGAUUGGAUCCGACCAAGCAGUCCAAACGCAUCAACAUCAGUGAGAUCAGGAAUGCCAACAUCACACCCACAUCCACCACCACAGACACAGCUACCGUCUCUGUUUCCAGCCCUGUAGAUAACAACAACAACAACAUAUUAAUAUGUCCCGAAGACAUACCAACUGCCACCACCACGACAACGAUCACCAACAACAACAAUGGACAACAUGGCACUCUUAGACUGCGAGAGAGGUCCAUCCAAAUUUAUCCAUCAUUCCACAGACAGAUGGAACGCAACAUACAUUCACUCAUGUCGACCACAAUGUCGCCAAUGUCACCAACAUCACCAAUCUCAUCACCACCUACAUCACCAACAUCUCCAUCACCACCGACUUCACCAACAUCACCGACUUCUCCAACAUCAUUGGCCGCGUCCAACUUCAAGUCAGCCAGACCAACCAAAUCAAUGCACCCCAAGGAGUUCCUGCGAUCUUCCAUCAAUGAGAAUACACUGCCACAG